CACAUCAUCCUAGCAACACACGAACGUAGAGAGCAAUUUCUUCCUCUUUGACCCAAAAGAGUACCAAAAAUCUCAGAGCUUCCAGAUCAUAGCAGCAUCACCAAUUCCAACGCCAUGGGACAAGUUAUAGGACAAUUCCAAGGAAAGCAGUGGAGACAAAAACAAAUUCGAAAGAUAACUGACAAGGUUUUUGAUCAUUUCAAAAACGAAACAGGAAGGGCUAAUUUGACAUUUGAAGAUCUAUAUAUUGCUGUGCUACUUGUGUACAAUGAUAUCAACAAGCGAUUGCCCGGACCUCAUUUUGAUCCACCCUCGAAGGAGCAAGUCAAAACUAUGAUGCUGGAUUGUGAUUUAAACCUUGAUGGAGAACUGGAUUGUGAAGAAUUUGUGCGGUUUAUCCACCAGUUAACAGCAGAUACAUUCGUCAUUGUUAGCCAGGGACUAAUCAUCACUUUGGCUGUAGCACCGACAGUUGCUCUACUGACAAAGAGGUCAACAGAGGGUAUUCCAGUCGUCGGGAAGGUGGUGCAGAAGUUACCCAAUUCAGUUUAUGCAUCCCUUGUGACCCUUGCAAUUGUGCUGUUCCAGCAAUCAGGCCAGGGUGUUGAGUAGAAGCUUUGUUCCCUUCGGCUCCAGUGUACAUAAUAAAAUAGCUGUAUGACAUAUUGCCUGCUAGCAACUCGAACAUGUGGACCAGCUAUUCGCCUCAGACAUCAGGAAAGACAUAAACUUCGAUUGUAAUAAGGAGAUAAAAUUCUAUGUAAAGUCGUUAUGUAUGCCAUUCGUGUUUGAUUGUCUAUACCUGAAAUUUUCUUUCAGGGGGUUGCAGUCACAGAAAGAAAUAGCUUGAAAGCUGCUUUCACAUGUUGAUUGAGAUUUUUCUUAACUGUCUUUGUGGUGGAUAGUGUGACAAAGGAUUGUCAGUUUUCAAAAUGAGCUCAAGACUUUUUUGUAUCUAAGUAUUGGGUAA